CUUUUGAGGUAUAAAAGGCAGUUUGGCUCGCAGUUCACUUUGAAGUGUGCAACAUGGUCAGUGUGCAGCUCAUCUUCUUCUUGCUGGUUGUGGCAACUGUCUUAGGAUGCGCUUGGACGAAUCCUGUGGACGAGGAUCCUGCAGCAACACUAGAGGAUGUGGCUGAUUUGGGUGGCCAGGAAGCAAAGGAGGGCGAUAGGACAGCUCGCUGGCUAGGCGGAGGUUGGGGAGGCGGCUGGAAUGGAGGCUGGAACGGAGGCUGGAAUGGAGGCUGGAACAGAGGAUGGAGUAUUGCGUACAGACCCUGGAGAAGCAGCUAUAGUAAUGCCUGGUGGUAGCAGUCCCAAACAGUAGCUUCCCAAAACUUAAUGCCAACUUUGAAAUAAAGUGAUACAAU